UGUGUGUGUGUGUGUGUGUAGGGGGAGAUGUGUGUGAGUCCUCAGUGUUUUCAUGUUCUGACUCACAUGUUGAUGAGUCUGGCCGAAGGUCGACUGGUUCUGGCUCUCGAGGGAGGUUACAACCUGCAGUCGACAGCAGAGGGCGCCGCAGCGUGUGUCAGAGCUCUGCUGGGAGGAGCCUGUCCUCUUCUGACUCCGCCCACCGCUCCGUCCGACAGUGCUCUGGCGUCCAUCUCUCAGACUGUCGCCGCUCUGUAUCCACACUGGGCUUCUCUGCAGACCCUGGAAGGCGGCCCAUUGGCUGAAGGGCGUGUCAGCCGAGCAACAACCAAUAGGCAGAGCACAAAGCAGAGUGGCCCCGCCCCCUCCGUUGCAACUACAACAGGUCUGGUUUAUGAUGAGAGGAUGAUGGAGCACAUCAACAUGUGGGACAGACAUCACCCUGAACAGCCUCAGAGGAUCUUUAAAAUCUUCUCCAAACAUCAGCAGCUGGGAUUGGUCGAUCGUUGCCAACGGAUACCAGCUCGCUUAGCUACAGAGGAGGAGCUGUCCAGGUGUCACAGGUACGCAACGCUUACAGAGGUCAAAAGGUCACGUUGUUUUUCUGUUUUUAAAGAAGAAUGAAUGGCUUCUUUGUGUGAGUGAUGUCCUCAUGUUGUCC